AUGGCCGCAGCUGGCCAACAGCCCUCCAUCGACCUAUAUGGCCUAAAGAGUGGGUGCUGUCGCGUCUGGUCCGCAGCACGCGGUUGCAUCGAAGCUUCCGAAAAUGCCGAAGCUGGCUGCGGUUCGGUCGAUCACGCGCCCAAGAAUAUGCCAGCCGACUGCGCAGUCAUGAUGAUAUCGAGUGGCGAAUGCCUCGAAGAGAAAGAUGGUCGAGAGGAUGGCUGGAAUGCUUCCGACGGCCCGGGCGGCAGUAGACUGGCGAGUGCGGUUCAAGCUGCUGGCACGUUGACGAAAGUAUAUCAUCAUUAUACCGCUACGUUCACAGCUACGUCGCCUACGGAGGUCUUCUUGAAGACUACUCUUACUGUUGAGAGUAGUCCUGUCUUGAAUGGAGACUGUUACGGCGACCAGGGGCCAAAGUAUUAA